AUGAUACCUGAUAUUGGUGGCUCUCUCAGUGCUCCACCUGUCGAGACAGCCGAGCUCGCCGAAUUUAAGCUUUUGGAAGAUUCAGAGCCUGCCGCAGAGGAUGAUGAGGACCCUGAGCUGGACCGCAGCGAAAAGGCCCAUGAUGCCCUAUUUCUGGGCGGUGCUGGUCGUGUGGGCGGUGUAUUCGGCCCAGAAAUUCGUGAUUCAUACGUAAAGUCGUCGAAACGAAGUCGUGGCAUCUCCUUGGACGGAGUUGGCUCAUUUCGAGACAGGGAGCCCCUGAAGUGUCUCUUCGACAUCGUGGCGCCUCACAAGAGGAGUAAUCCCCGGCGCGCAAGCUGCAGUGAUACCUAUCCCAGGUUCGACAGUAGACCAAAUCGCAAAGCCGGUGGUGUCGCCUACUCGAGGAGAAGCGUCAGCAUAUUUUUAUCAACGGUGAUUGCCAAUCUUCCCGGUUCCACCUAG